AAGCGUUUCCGCGCCGUCUACGACUACAACGCGGCCGACGAAGACGAGGUCUCCUUCCAGGACGGCGACACCAUCAUCAACGUGCAGCAGAUCGACGACGGGUGGAUGUACGGCACGGUGGAGCGCACGGGCGACACGGGCAUGCUCCCCGCCAACUACGUGGAGGCCAUCUGA